UGACGGUGCAACUUCCCUUCCACUGGUUUCUUUCCAUGGUUUUGUUCCAUCUUCUUGGAUUUAUCAAUCCAUCCCCAACUAGAUUGAUCCCUGUUCAUGCUAGUCACUCGGGGAGUCGCGGGGAAAAGAAAAUGCCACCGACAUCCAGAAUGGAGCCUUCCUAUCACUGGGGCCCAUUUUAGUAUCUGAGAUCGGAAAUUUCCCAUUGGCUCUGUUCCCAACGUUGGCUGUGGAAGUCCCUAGUGGCGUCAGGACGAUGUGAUAGGGAUGGUUGGCCUGCACCUGUGCUUGUGCCUUUCCGGUUCUGCAUCCUCAGAACACACUGGCCCACGUAGUCCGUCGGUCAUCAUCACCGGUGGUCGGGGAUUGUCUUCAUAACCCCCUCCCUCCUACGUUUUCUCCCCCCCCAUUCCCCUCCUUUUGCCUCCCUCUCCUCCCCUCUCACCAACCACUCUUCCCCCUAAUCUCAGGGGCUCUCAGACCGUCGGACAGUCUUCGUGGGCUUUUCUGAAUAACUUCCUUUCGCACACUCUCCCCUCAUCACUUGCCCUCUGGACUGGGCGGAUUGUCUUUGUUUGCUUUUUUCCCCACCGCAAUCUUUUGGAUUGUUUCGCUUCAGACUCGUUUAUUAAUUUCCUCUUACCCCCCCGUUGUUUAAUGGUCUGCGGUAUCUGUUGAGCGACCUGCACUGUCCCCUGUUGAAAUCCCCGCCAUGUCUUUACGUCGCUCGCUGCGUGCCCGCAAUGGGCGAGAUGAUUUACUAGAACCGGAUUCUAAUGCACCUGUUAGGUCGACAAGACGGAGCCGCGCGGUUUCGUCUACGUCAGUAACUAUUUCGCGGUCUUCUGCAGAACAAACGGGAGACUCGCCCAAGUCGAUUCGCUUGACGGUGAAAAUGCCUUCAAAUAAGCUACGCGAGGCCACGGGUGGAAGCUCCCGAGGGGGUGCAUCCACCAAGCGCUCCGUGAAUGUCUUUACAGAGAAUCCCAUAGUCAGUGGGCCACGGACCAGUCGUCCCAACAAGAGACUCAUUGAAGUCGAUACAAGCGACGAAGAGGACCUGAGUGACCAGGAAGAAGAUGAAAUUGAUGACGAUGCCCCGGGCGACGAAGACGAAGACGCCGAUGCCGAUGGCGAUCUCGAUAUGGACGAUGCCCCGCCGCAGCCACCAGUAUCAAAACGACACGCAAAGGCUUCGGCUCCGGCCGGAAAGUCGAUCAAGGGCGUGGAAGCGAAAGAGAUGGAGUUGAACGACGAAGAAGAUGAAGAUGACGACGAGGAGCUUUCCGAACCGGACUCGGACGCCGAGGGCGAAGCCGAUGAGCAGGACGAGAGCGCGGUGAAAGCAGGGGACGAGGAGUUGGGCGAUGAAGAAGACGAAGAGGAUCUAGAGCUUGAUAGCGACGACGCCGCCACCGGUGACCCGAACAAGAUGACGAAACGCCAACGAGGCUCCUUGGGCAAUGACUUCCUUCAACUUCCAAUGGAACCACAGGUGAAGAAGCAUCUGACCGCCGAAGAGCGUGCCAUGCGUCGUACGGAAAUGGCUCGCCGGAGGAAGAACCUGAGUGAAAAGCGUAACGAGGAAGAGAAGAUGGACACCAUCAACCGGCUUCUCCGCAAACAGGCCCCGAAACGGCGAGGUCGAAUUCCCGCCGCGGAGGCGGCAGAGGCGGCGUCGGGAGACCAGGAGACGCAAGAGGUCGAGAAAGUCGAUCCUAUCUUCGCCAGAUGGGUCAGCGGCCGCGACGGCAGCAGACUCGGCGUGCCGAACGAAUGGCUUGGGACACCGGCAGGUCGUCCUUUCGAAAACCAUGGACCCCGAAAGUUAGUGGAAGAGGUGUAAUUGCACAGACACUGAUGGGCGUACCGGGCUAGGCGUGAUUGCGGGUUUGAAUUUGGAACGACAGUUCGGCGGUUUGUACUAUAUGCAUUUGGUCGGGCUUAUGCGACUUGUAUUUUUGAAAUUACCAGGGGUUAUAUGACUGGUUUAUGGUAGAACAGGACUAUCGAC